AUGGACGAAACCACCAAUUUUCCACACCAUGAGGAGAAAAAAGCAGCGCCGGCGGCGGAAGAGGAAGCAGAAACCUCGCCGGCGACGCCCUCCAAGAUUCAAGACAAACGGCGAUCGUCGUCGGAGCCCUCCGAAUUCUUCGAGUUCCUUCACGAUUUCAGCUCGGAGAUGAUCAAUGCCGAAGACAUCAUCUUCCGCGGGAGGCUCGUGCCCUACAGAAACCCUCAAAUCCUCAAAUCCCUCUCCGCCGACGACGCCACUCGCUUCUCGAGGCGACGCCGCCGCUCCCCGCCCCCCGCGGCCACGAGGCCGCUCAUCGCGAGGCCGGACAUCCACCGGAGCUCCUCGAAGUCGUCGGAGGGGCCGAAGCCGCCGAGGCCGAGGUGGUUUGUGAUGAUGUUUGGGCCGAUCAAGCUCCGGCCGGAGAUGGAUCUCCGGGAUAUCAAGAGCAGGCAGGUUCGCCGGAAUCCGGGGAGGUUGUUUGAAGGCGGCGGCCGGAGCGAUCGGAGGAGUUUUUGGGGGGUUGAUUUGUUGAAGGUGUUGAGUUGCAAGAAUCAUGCAAGUGUUGCUGUCACGGCUUCCAUUGGUCUCGUGCCACAUUUCUAA